GAUCUCCACGAGAGAGAGACACACAGGCUCCAUCAGGAUGAAAGUUCUCCUGCUCACUCUGGUGCUGGGUCUGGUUUAUGGUGAGCUUCCUGAGCUCACCCCUGAGCAGGUGGAUGGGGACUGGCGCACGCUCUACACGGGAGCGGACAACGUGGAGAAGACGAGCGAAGGGGGGCCCCUGAGAGCUUACUACCGCCACAUGGAAUGCACCCCAAGUUGUGAGAACGUCACUCUGUCUUUUUACAUCAAGUUCGGGGAGAACUGCACACUGAUCACCAUCGUGGGCCAGCGGACACCAGAAGGCAGUUACACCAUAUACGCCGAAGAAACGGGCUUAAGCACCUUCCAAGUUCUGCCGCUCACAGAAAAGCUCAUGUCCGUGUACAACGUUAAUGUGGACCCAGAGGAAAAGACUACACACAUGAUCACGCUUAUCGGGAAGGAGACACAGGUGACUGAGGAGCAGGUGCAGGAGUUUUAUCAGAUCGCCGAGAAGCACGGCAUCGCGAAGGAGAACAUUCAGGACGCCGUCCCCACUGAUACGUGUGAGGAUUAAAGACGUCCACUGGAUCAGGUAGAGCGUCUGAGCCGUCCUCGACAUCAAGUCCAACUCUUCGGAACGGAGAUGGUUCCCGCAUUUCUCUCACGUUUUCUUCAGAUCUCAGCUGGACGGCCGGAGCCUCUGCCACACGGAUCGACUUACUAGUCAAUACUUUGAGAUACAUCUUUAAAUAACUAAAUAAAUCAAUUUCUUAUGCAAUGGA